AUGCGGUGGACACUACUGCUUCUUGGUGCCUCAGUGGCUUCCGCAUCAUUGAAGGAAAUUCUUGCUAAUCUGAGCCCCAGCCUACCCUUAUCGUCGUUCGGCAAGUUCCAUACUAUCUCUCUCGAAGAUGCUAAGAAGGGAAAGGAUCUCAUUGGGAAACUGAUCCGUCCUCCUUUGGACCCAAACCCAAACCCGAAGCUGAGCCCGGCCCCGAACCCGAACCCCAAGCUAUCUCCGUCUGAGCCUACUGAGCCUACCUUUCAAACAUUUGCUGCAGCAUGCGUCGGCAGAACUAAUAUGCGCACUGAAUGGCGCCGCACUUCACACGACGACCGAUUGGCAUUCUUAAAUGCUGUCAAAUGCUUGAUGAACCGCCCACCAUCUGGCCGUUUCUCAUCUGCCACAAACCGCUACGAGGAUUUUGCCCGCCUGCAUCAACAAAAGCUCUCCGAGAUCCACCAAAAUGACAUGUUCCUUAUCUGGCACCGUUACUUUGUGUGGACUUUCGAGCAGGUUCUCAGGGACGAAUGCGGGUUUAACAGAAAUUACCCUUGGUGGGACGAAACCAAAGACGCUGGUCGCUUUGCCCAAGCGCCCGUGUUCACCCGUGACUACUUCGGUUCUCUUCCAGGUCCUCGCAACGGACAGGGAGUCUGCAUCACGGACGGUGUGUUUGCUGGUAUUACUUGCAAUAUCGGCCCCGGUCUUUCAAAUAGGCCCCACUGCCUUUCCCGUGCCGUCAACGAGGAGCAGACAGCCCAAUGCAACAAUGAUUUCGUAAUUGCUUGCAACCGAAGAACCAACUAUGCGGCUAUGCACAGCUGUGCGGAGACUGGUCCCCACGGCUACGGCCAUAACGGUAUUGGCAGCGUUAUGAUGGACGUCGCCGGCAGCCCCAGCGACCCAAUCUUCUUCAUGCACCACGCAUUUAUUGAUAGAAAUUUCCGCGUCUGGCAGAAUGAGGAUCGGGCCCGCUGGACGACCAUCAAUGGAGUCGACUCCCGUGGUACACCACUGACCCUUGACACUGUUAUCUCGAUGGCUGGCAUCAGACCCGACGUUAGAAUUCGCCAAAUCCUGGAUACCCUGGGUGGAGCAAGCAUUGGCGGAGUACCUUUCUGUUACCGUUACGAUUACUAA